AUGCCCAACUCCACAUUGCUGCGGUACCUCUCGGGCGGUGGGGUCUUCCCGACCACGCCGCGCCGCGCCGCGGAGGUAACACGCCUCACAAAGCGGCGAGAGGGAGAGUCCGAGUUGGGUAAAGUGAUCGAUGUCUACCGUAAGCAGUGCUGUCGCGAACUUAUGCGAACAGGGGCCCUAGAACAACCAAUUUUGUAUCUGGGAGCACUGUUUGUGUCUACACUUGCUGCAUUGGGCCUGAGCCUACUUCUACUCAAGGAGAGUCAGCGGUCUUAUAGAGCAUCGGAUUUUACUACUUUAUAUCUUCUUGCAUCUACACUGUGCGAUGUUAUAAUACUCGCUGCUCCUUCGCAGGUCGAUAGACAUGCAUAUAUUUCACGUGCGGUAUCUUUCCGUUGCUGUAUACACUCGAUGCUUCUCGUCAUUGAAUGUUGUACUAAGCGGCAUGCCGCAUCUGAUGCUAUCAGGAAGCAGCGGGCUCCCGAAGAGCGACAUGGCAUCUUGAGCAGAAUAUUCUUCCUAUGGAUCAACCCAAUCCUUCUCCAGUGGUAUACCAACGUCCUCGUUAACCAAGAUCUGCCGCCGCUCAGUCAAUAUAUGAAGCCAGAGCUCACAAGGGAAGCAAUGAUUCAAGCAUGGUCUAAAGUAGCCAAACCCGAAACAAAGAUGAGUUUACCCUUGGCCUUGAUGAAGUGCGUAAAGCAACCUUUUCUCGCUGCUAUUGUGCCUCGACUCUUCUUGAUCAUCUUUCAGUAUUCUCAACCUAUCUUGAUUAGAGAGAGUAUCAGAUAUGUUGUAGCAUAUCCUACGAAUACAGAAAGUAAUCAAGGAUUUUGGCUUGUUCUAUCCGCUAUCGCUGUCUAUCUUGGUCUCGCUUUGUCGACAGCGGUUUAUCAACACCGGAAGAAUAGACUGAAGCUCAUGACUAGAAGCUGUCUCGUCGGGGUUAUUCAUCACAAAAUAAUAAACUCACCUGCCGUCUCGUAUGACAAUGGGGAAGCCACUACACUCAUGAGUACCGAUGCAGAUAGUCUCGACGAUGUUGCUGGAAUGGUUCAUGAGAUAUGGGCCCAUGUCAUCGAAGUGAUUAUCGGUAUUGGAUUACUAGCUAGCCAGGUGGGCUGGAUUUGGCCUCUUCCGCUACUUCUGAUCUAUUUAUGCUCAUAUAUGAGUCGAUUCGUUACAAAGAAUCUACAGCCUCGCCAGAAAGCUUGGAAUAGUACAACGCAGAGUCGUAUAGCUGCUAUAAGCUCUAUGUUAAGCUCAAUGAAAGUCGUCAAGAUGCUGGGAUAUCAACAUAAUCUUGUGAACCGCAUUCAAGAGCUUCGAGGAGAGGAGCUCUGGGCGGCAUCAAAACUUAGAUGGAUAAUGGUCUACUACAACAUGUCAGCCAACGCUCUUGGAAUAUUCUCUCCGGCCAUAACACUGGUUAUCUCAGCACUUAUAUCGGUGGCUCGUGGUGGAAGGUUGGAUACAGAAACUGCAUUCACCACUAUAGCCAUUCUGAGCAUGGUCACACAUCCUGCUAAUAUGGUUAUGACUAUUGUGCCGCGGGUAGUGGCGGCAUUUGCUGGGUUCGAAAGAAUUCAAGCAUUCUUGCUUCAACCAUCCUUACAGGAUACUCGUCAAAUACUACAAGAAGAGACUCAAUCUAGCCCUGCCAUUCAAAUUCGUGACGUACAAAUCGGCCAUGAAUCGGUUGUUCUACAGAACAUAAAUAUCGAAGUGGCACCAGGGUCAUUUACCAUAAUAUCAGGCCCUACGGGCAGUGGUAAAUCGAAUCUGUUGCGUGCUAUUCUUGGCGAAGUCACUCCUACCCAAGGUUCAAUCAGUUUGUCGACUCGAAAUAUAGCAUAUUGUGCACAGAAGCCGUAG